UUACAUUCUGUUCGUUGCGUUCAUCGUGGAAGCCAUUACCCUCAUCCGCGCUGGUCCGCGCUAAAGCAUCGUGCCAUAUUCCCACAAGCAUUUAAAAUCUACCUGAGAUUUUGUAGUUAUAAGUGAAAUAUUAUGCGAGUGAAAAACGAAAUGGACGACGACGAAAAGGGAAAACUGUUCGUUGGAGGUUUGUCGUGGGAGACAACCCAAGAAAAUUUGCAGCGUUACUUUGGCCGAUAUGGCGAGGUUAUUGAUUGUGUUGUAAUGAAGAAUAGCGAAUCCGGUCGCAGUCGUGGCUUUGGAUUUGUCACAUUCAGUGAUCCUGCUAAUGUCUCCUUAGUUUUGCAAAAUGGACCGCACCAACUUGAUGGACGAACUAUUGAUCCGAAACCAUGCAAUCCACGCACUUUGCAAAAACCCAAACGCAGUGGAGGAUUUCCUAAAGUGUUUCUCGGUGGUUUACCAAGUAACGUAACUGAAACCGAUUUAAGGUCAUUUUUCACUCGCUUUGGCAAGGUCAUGGAAGUUGUCAUCAUGUACGAUCAAGAGAAAAAGAAAUCAAGGGGAUUCGGAUUUCUCAGCUUUGAAGAUAAGGAUGCUGUGGACCGAUGCGUUGCUGAACAUUUCGUCAAUCUGAAUGGAAAACAGGUUGAGAUUAAACAGGCUGAGCCGCGAGACUCGUCAAGCAAGAUGAAUGAUGGUCAUCAAGGACAAUGGGGACCACCGCAACAAGGUGGCCCUCCAAUGGGAAUGGCUGGGAAUAUGGGACCCAUGGGUGGACCAAACGGACAAAUGGGAGGACCAAUGAUGGGCGGACCAAUGGGCCCACCAGGAAACAUGAUGCAACAAUAUCAAGGCUGGGGAACAAGUCCUCAGGCAGGUGGUUAUGCUGGUUACAGUACUCAGUACAACACUCAAGGCUGGGGAGCUCCACCAGGACCACCUCAACAACAGCAAAUGCCGCCACCGCCUCCCCAAUGGGGCAGUAGCUACAAUGUACAACCAACAGCUGCUACGCAAGGUUAUGGAAAUUAUGGUGGGCCGGCGGCGGCCGCUUCAGGGGGCUACGGGCCCACGGCGGGUACCGGCGGGGCUGCUGGGGGCGGGCCUGGAGGUUCCUGGAAUUCCUGGAGUAUGCCCCAAAAUGGGCCCCCUCCAGGAUCCCAGCCUCCACCCCAGCCCCAUCAGCCCAAUUCCUCGCAGCCCAACUCCAACUCGAACCCCUCUGGCCCGCAGGGUGACAUGUACUCCAGGCAAACAACAGGAUCAGGAGCUCCUGGAUCAAGUAGCAGUUCUGCUAAGACUCCGGACUACAGUGGGUACUCCGGUUAUGGAAGUUAUGCGGAAACAAGUUAUCCACAACGCUCUUAUCAAGGCGGAGAAAGCAACCAAGGACCUGCAUUAACGACAACUCAUCAAUCAACGAACAAAUCAGAAGUUCCCGCAGGAAACGGUGACUCUGCACACUCUGGAUUUGGACCCAAACGGGGUCAGAUGGCAACGGGGUCCAAUUAUCAUCCUUAUCGAAGAUAAAACAAAAAAAGAAGGGUUUUUCUUCCUCUCACUAUAUUAUUUUUCAUUUUUGUUUUUUUACUUUUCAUUAUUUUCUCGAUGUGAAGUUAGCGUCGAUGAUUAGCGUCCAAGAGUUUUUUAUUUGGGGUUUUUAGUGAUCGAAAUGUCGGUAAUUU